AUGAACGCCGCCAUAAUCAAAAGUAAAGCCAACACCAUGAUUUCACCUGAUAAUUAUCUCAGUCAUGCCUCCAUGUUUUCGCCAUCCAUACCUAUUGCUGCACCUAUUCCAAAAGAACACACAGGAUGUGUUAAACAAACAAACAAUCUAUCAUAUGCUAAAAUUGUCUCAGGAAACAAAUUGAUCAUUGAUUCCACCAUUGAUGAUUGUGUCAAGUCGGAUAAAGGAGGGUUUAUUGCCAUCAAAAUCAAUCAAACAGUUUACGAACAACAACUUCUCCUCUGCAAAAAUGCUUUGAUAGCCAGAAUUGUUCUCGCAAAAGGGGAAUCACCUUGGAAACUCUUUGAUCUUAAGAAGAAACUCACAUCAGUCUGGAACCUCAAAUCAGAAUGGAAACUUAUCUCUAUGGGGAGGGGAUAUUAUCAUGUUAUCCUAAAUACCAUGGAGGAAAAGAAUGCAAUUUGGGGGAAAGGUGUAAUUGCUCUUAAACCAGGCACUCUUCGCCUACAACCCUGGUCACCAGAUUUUGACCCUUCCAUACAGAGAACAACCAAUGCCCAGAUUUGGGUUCGUCUCUACAAACUACCUUGGGAGUAUUGGCAUUCACAAAUUCUUUCUUCAAUAGCAAGAGGAAUCGGAGUCCCCUUGAAGAUUGAUCAAGCAACAGCUAAUGGUGAAUUCGGUCACUAUGCUCGGGUUCUAAUUGAUGUGGAUCUGUCUACCUCACUGCCAGAAAGUCUUAUGAUUGAGCGCAUUGGUAAGAGUUUCUUCAUAGAUAUUGUUUAUGAAAAUUUACCAUCUUUUUGCAAUAUAUGUUCUAACAUUGGUCAUAUGCAUAACAAUUGCCGAUGGGCGGCUAAACCGAGCAUGGAGAGUCACCCAAAAAACCAACCAGAGAAACUGCAGAAACAGAAGAAUUGGAAGCCAAAAGCCACAGAAAUUCUAGUUUCAAAUGCAUUCAAACAACUUCAAUCAGAUUUAAGUAAAUCAACUAUUGAGAAUGUUGUUACUUUGGAAGAACAUAAUAAGUUAGCUGUUGCUAUUGUUGAAGAACCUGAGAAAUUGAACCAUCAAGAGGUUUCAGAUGCAGGUAUUCAAGAGACAACAAGUGUCACAGAGGUGACUGAUCCAAAAGUCCCCUCUGCUCCAGAAGAUCUUGAGAAAGAUGAUGCAGGCAAUGAUGAGGAGUUACAGGAGACUGCUCCGAGCUGUUCUGACUGUCCAACUAAGGCAAAUGCUACAAAGAAUGAUAGCUCAUGGGAUGAUAUCAUGGAGGAAGAAGACAAAUGGAAGAUGGUUCAGAGAAAACAAUCUUCAAAACACAAAUAUAAGGUUACUCUUUCAAAAAGAAUAACCAAGAAACCAGAAAAGCUUAAUUUAUGA